CAAAAAGUUACGAUCAGUAAUAAUAUUUAAGCCUCCACACAAUUCAUUCUCAAAUGUAAUCUGAGUUAGACAAUAUAUACCACCGUCGUCCACAUCCAUAUCCACAUCCACGUCCACAUUCGCAUCCUCACCGUCAUCACCAUCCAACAUCCAACAUCAUCAUCAUAAAUAUUCUACUUCACUCAGUGACAGUGAAUUUUUACUACCUGUCUAUUGUUGUGAUAAAAAAAGAGACUUAUUUAAAAGUAAUUUUUAAUUCCCCAUUACACAAUACAAAAUAUAAUGGCAUUACAACAUUCCAUGACUGCUACUACUACUGCUGUUGAAUCGACUUUUUCCGGAAAGAAUCAUUUAAAUGUUUUUUCAAGAAUAUUUUUCAGUUUAUUUAUAAUUUUUCAACUUAUCAACAAUACUUUAAGCAAUUCACUCGUCAGCAGUGGUUCAUGUUUCGCUGUACGUUUGGCAAACGGGAAUUGUAUCAAUCUUACUGCGAAUAAUAUAUCCAAGUUGGAAUGUUGUAAAACAGGUGGAUAUUAUCUGAAUCGUCGAAUGACACGAGAAGAACACCUUCACAAUAAUCUACUGUUUGAAUACGGUACACCGAAUUGUGUUGAAGCAUGUAAUGAAGAACUCCCAUCAACAUGCAGAGGAUAUAUCUGCCCUGAAGGACAUUAUUGUCGUGUUAUAAAAAAUGAACCAAAGUGUAUUUGUCGAUCAAAAUGCAGUGUAGCUGAUUAUUUAAGCGGUCCAUUGUGUACAGCAAGCUACAGGCGAUUUCGUAAUAAAUGCCACUUGAAGCGAGCACGUUGUGCAUCACCUGAAGAAAGUCUACAAGUAGUCCCUUGUCCAGAAGAAGGUCUACGAUGCUCUGAGUCAAGUAUUCUAACAGAGAAUAAACGAGAUUUUAGUUCAAUAUUCAGAAGUUUUUACCCGGAAAAAUUAUCUCACCUAUCAUCCUCAUCCUCAUCAGCAGCAUUGAAUGACGAAAUCUAUGCGGAUGAUGACGAUGAUGAUGAAGGUGUUUUUGGUAUGAAUCAUAAAAAAUCUAAAAAUCUACAAAAUUAUAUUCCAUCGAUUCAUGAUGCCUAUGAUCCAGCAUCGCUUGAUGACAAGUCAGUACUUUCGAAUUGUGUUGAUGAUAUACCGCCUAAAGAAUUGGUUUGUAAUCGUGAUGAAUACUGCUUAUUGCGUCAAUUCGAUGGACGUCCAGCAUGUGAACAUUGGAGUCAAAAAUCCUGGUUAACUGUCCAAGAUUGUCCAGAGUCAACAUUUCAAGAACCAAUGUGCAGUACAGAUAAUGAAACAUUUUAUAAUAGUUGUGAAUUAAAGUUGGCUGGUUUGAAAAAUCAAUUAGAAGUGAGGAUCGCUUACAAAGGAGAAUGUCAAAGUAAGGUGACCUGUUCAGAUAUAAAAUGUCCAAGAGAAGGCAUGAAAUGUAGCCCACAUCAUAUAACCGGCCAACCGAUAUGUAUGGACUGUGAAGACCUGCCGGUAGACUGUAAUACAGAAUUCAGAAAUGGACAAGUCUUCAUACCGUCAUCAUCAUCAUCUUCAUCAUCCUCAUCGUCCACAUCCUCAUCAUCAUCAUCGUCAGUAGGCGCUUCAGAAUUUGGUUAUCCUGUAUGGGAGAGAUCAGUAAAGACGUAUGGUUGGCCUACUGUUUGUGCGUCAAAUGGAAAAGCUUAUGCGAAUACCUGUUUUCUUCAUGUGGUCAAUUGUUUAAGUGAUACAUUUAUAGACUUGAAAAAACCUGGAUUUUGUAGUGAAACUGUUCCCCCGCUGAUUUACGACCGGGGUAGGAACUCGCCAAAAUCAAGAUCAUUCCUAGAUUUAGAAUGAAUCACCAGUUUUUAGCAAUUGCGCCAGUCAAGAAACAAACAAACAAAAGAGACGAAAGAGACAAUAAACAUAUUCACCUGAAAAUUAAAAAAAUAACAACAAGAUUAUUCUCUGGACAUUUGACAUUAUAAAACAAAAAAUAAAUAAAUAAAAUUAUCACCUUGUG